AAUUGCUAAACAGUUGCUUUGUCAAUUGUACCAGCAAGGUUCUGGCAAUUCACAGUGAACUAUUCUACACAAUCAUUUUUUCCAAAUGUAAUUUACCGAGCAGGUUUAUUUUUUUAUCAGAUGCAGCCCACUGCCUGGGAACACAUUCUUAGCGACAAUGUGGGUCGCCACCGUUCGGCCACUGCAAGGAAUAUUGAUGUGAAACAGACGGCAAAUCGUGGCCAUUGGAUUCCCAUAAAGAGUUUGCAACCACCACUUCGUUCAGAAUAUUGAAGAGUAGCCUACACUGCGAAAUGGAUUUGCAUGAAGGAGCCGCACACGGUCAUGGUGAGGGUGUUUUAGACUUGUCACGUCGGAAUUUGAACAGUUUGAGUUUGGUCAAUCUCAGCGAGGAGCGCAAGAGGGACACCAAGCAGUUGUGUCUAAACUUCAACCGAUUGGCCUCGCUGCCCGGAUCAGUUUGCAUGUUCUCCAACCUCGAGUUUCUGGACAUUAGCAACAACGGACUAUCGGUCAUCUGUGAAGACAUUACUCGGUUAACCAAGCUCAGAACACUAAUAUCCAAGAACAACCGUCUGGACGAAUUCUCGCUGCCCAAGGAGUUCGGAUCUUUGCCGUUGGAGGUGUUGAAUCUAAGUGGCAAUCGAUUUGAGGAGAUGCCAGCGCAGUUCCUGAAGUUGCAGCGGCUACAAUCACUUUCCCUUGGGGGAAACAGACUACAAAGUAUUCCUGCAGAAAUAGAAAACUUAACCAGUCUGGAGCUGCUGUAUUUGGGUGGUAACCUGAUCACCUCUAUUCCUCCUGAGCUGGCCAACCUGCCCUACCUUAGCUACCUGGUCCUGUGUGACAACCGCAUACAGGGUGUACCCCCGCAGCUCACCAGGCUCCACUCCCUGCGUUCCCUCAGUCUCCAUAACAACCUGCUGACCUACUUGCCCCGGGAGAUACUCAGCCUGGUACACCUGCAGGAGCUCAGUCUCCGCGGCAACCCCCUGGUUGUGCGCUUCGUCAAGGAAAUGACCUAUGACCCCCCGUCGCUGCUGGAGCUGGCGGGUCGUACCAUCAAGAGCCGGAACGUUCCAUACUCGCCCUGCGACAUCCCCUGCCACCUGCUGCACUACCUAGACCUGGCCAGCAAGUGCCCCAAUCCUAAGUGUGCUGGCGUGUACUUUGACUCAUGCGUGCGCCACAUCAAGUUUGUGGACUUCUGUGGGAAGUACCGGUUGCCCCUCAUGCACUACCUGUGCUCCCCAGAAUGCACCUCACCCUGCAACUCCAACCCCCAGAGCGACGCAGAGUCAGAGGAUGAGAUCAGCGUGCCCGCCGACCGCCUGCAGAAGGUGCUGCUGGGAUAGCAGGAAGUGGAGGGGCCUCCGGUCGUAACCAUGAUAACGGCCUCAGAACCCCAGUCUUUCUCUCCGUGAUUGGACACUACUGUAGGGAUGAACUCUGACCCCUCUGGUCUCGAGAGAUGUCUUUAGCGGUGUAUGUCCCCUGGAACCUAUUGACUAAGUCACUAUAGCCAUCUAAAACUGGGGGGCAAAUUAUGUGAGGGAUCUCAUGGGUAAGCAUAGGAGGGCAGUAGAAACCAUAACUAUUGCCAACUUGCUAUGUGAGCCAUUGAAAGGGGUUUUCAUCACGCCUUUCCUGAGAAUCAGGAUAUGAACAAUGUGAGAUUUCCAAGUGCCAGAAAACAAAGUGUGUGACACAGUACUCGGUGAAAGCUUUGUUUUCUCUCACGCACAGGAAGUCGAUCUAGGCCGGGCAGAGUGUGUAUGGACACCUCACAGCACAAUACACACAUUUACUGUGAAAGGAGAAAACCAAACUAAUCAGACAAGAUGAAAGUUUGUAUUUCCAUCCCUUGGUUUUCUUUAAAUAUAGACAGUUCUAGAUAUGUGUGUCUUUUGAUGUGUGUGGGAACAUUUAGACAAGGUCCCCAGAAGGUACGUGUUCAAGGUGAACAGGAAGUACAGUGUACUACAGUAGCUGGCCUUUAAAUAAGACAUUGUUCAGACUAAAAACACUGGGCUAUUGUUACAGUACUAUGGAGAAGAAAAAAUGAAUUUGAUAAAUAAAAUAAAAUGGAAGGAACAGCAACUAAACAAAGAUGACUUUUUGCACCCUGAAAUGUGACAAUUCACCUUUUAGUUUUAGUCUUUUGUUUCCUGUAAGUGAUUUUCUAUUCAUGAUCCUAAACCCAAUGAUGUGAAAAACCAAUUUUUGUAACAUGUACUGCUUUUAUACAAAUCCAACAUGCUACUGUUCUACUGUCUGACACUCAAUGGCUCACACACUAAUAGUGUUUUUAUUGAAGAUGACUUAUGGAAUAUAAUAUAGUACUCAUACAGGUUGAUGAUCUGUACUAAAGUAUGUGCACUUUUCCCCUCUAAUAUAGACUGUACAGUAUAUAAUUUCCCUAAUAAAGUUUGAUUUGAAUAUCUAAAA